AUGUCGCUCUUCACGGCACAGCUGUUCCCAGGCCGAGCACUGGGGUUUCUGAUUCUCGGCGCAUCCCUUCAUGAUGUCUUGACCCGCCUUAAAGCUGAACCACGGCGGUUCCCCAAGCUUGAGGUCAUCUACUCGCCGGACAAGCCGGUCACCGAGCCGGUGUGCAUCGCGUUGCCGCACAACGGAAUUCGUCUGCGGUUCGAUGGCCCUGAACAGCGUCUUCGUCUGAUUGAGGUGAUCGACUUUACCAAAAACCACAUCACGUUCAAGGAUAGAGACUUGCUGAGGCCAGCGUCCAACGGCACUUCAGCACCCGGGUCCCCUAUCCCGGGAGAGUCGUCCUUGGGCCCGACUUUUAGACACAUAUACCACCGACUGCUGGGUCCGACGUACGGUGGAGAGUAUAUCCCGCCGCCGAGCCACGGUGGCGGCCAGGAAGCCGGUGUGUACGUGUUGUCCUACCCGGGGGUAGCAUUCAACUUCCCCUUGGCGAGCUCGGCGUACUCUCCGGAUAAAGAUGUGGUGUCGUUGUUCUCGUCGUCCUCGACCCAAGUCGCGACGUCCAUGGCCGUCUUCAGCGGCACGUCAUGGGCAGAGGCGCGGCAAACCUUGUGGACGGAAUCGCUGCCCAGCAUCAAGCUGGCGUCGGUGCUGCCGAGAACAAAAGAUGUCUACCCAGACGAAGUGUCCCUUGUGCGGAUACACGGCGGGGGAAAGUUGGAUUUGUUCCGCAAGUGGACAAAACACGCCUUCAGGAUCCAGCUGGGAGAGACGACACCGCAAGAGCUCAUCAUGGAGCUCGGGCCGCCAAACGCGAUAUAUCGAAGGAACGACCAGAAGAUGGUGAUUCACAAGAUGCGCACAACAAGCCACUCUCACGGCCACGGCCACUCAAAUACGGCCGAUGUCCACCAUCGACCCGAUGAUUUGACAGACACGGACCAGUCCUCGAUGAACACGGGGUCAGACGACGACGACUCGGACAUGGACUCUACCGAACCCGCUGUCACGGCCGCUGCCGCCGCUGCCGCCGCCGCCGCCGCCGCCUCCUGCGCCAUCGACGAGCAGGCGGCAGGCAACCCCUCCGGCGAGUGCUUCUACAACUACUUCUAUCUCGGGUUUGACAUUCUUCUGUCCCCGCCCACGCAACCGUCAGAGGCGCCGCCGUCAGAGGAUACGGGCCAGGCCGGUGGUCCUGAUGCGGCGGAAAACCCGGUCAAGUGCCAGCUUCCCGACCGGCUAGUUGCCAACAAGCUCGUGCUGCACGGCAACGUGCCCGGCUCGUACGAGUUCAACCGGCACCGCCGCUGCCGCUGGGACAUUGCCUACUUGGCCGACGGCAGCGGCGGCAGCGGCGGCAGCGGCGGCAGCGGCAGCAGCAGCAGCGACCCCACGACGUCGGAAACAGAAUUCAAGUACAUCGAGCGGCGGAUGAGCGACAAGUGGGCGUCUGCCUAUCCGCCCGGCCGGGCGCCCCGACGUCAGAGAGGCAUGGUCCUCAACCGCGGCUGGGGCGACAGUCCGGGGAGCAGCUGCGAGUUCCUGGGCGGGUGGGAAGAGAGCGGUGCCAGAAGGAUCGAGGCGACGGGGGACUCCACCACGACCUUGUACGGGUUCCCAGGCAUGGUGUUUGAGGUUUUGAGAAACGAUUAUGUGAAUACAGUGACGGUGUUUUGA